CCGACCAACUCGGGCUGAAGUGUCACCAGGACGAACACAGACACACUUCACUAAAGUUUGUGUCCCGUUGGUCUCCCGCUCCAGACAUGGCCCCCAGCACGCAGCUCAAAGAGGCGAUAUCCGAUGUGCAGGAGGGGAUCCGGGCCAUCCUGCUCGGGCCACCCGGAGCCGGGAAGGGGACUCAGGCCCCUCGGCUAGCAGAGCAGUACUGUGUUUGCCACCUGGCCACCGGAGACAUGUUGAGGGCGAUGGUGGCUUCAGGCUCAGCGCUCGGCAAGAGGCUCAAGGAGACCAUGGAUGCUGGCAAACUGGUCAGUGAUGAGAUGGUCGUGGAGCUUAUAGAGAAGAAUCUGGACACGUCGGCCUGCAGGAACGGCUUCCUGUUGGACGGAUUCCCUCGCACAGUCAAACAAGCUGAGAUGCUGGACGGCUUGUUGGACAAGAGACACGAGAAGCUGGACUCUGUGAUCGAGUUCGCCGUGGAUGACUCUCUGUUGGUCCGCAGGAUCUGUGGCAGACUAAUUCAUCAGCCAAGUGGCCGCUCCUACCACGAGGAGUUCAACCCCCCUAAAGAGCCCAUGAAGGAUGACGUGACAGGCGAGCCACUCAUCCGCCGCAGUGACGACAACGAGACGACGCUGCGCUCCCGUCUGGACGCCUACCACCGGCAGACCGCCCCUCUGGUGAAGUACUACAGUGCCAGGGGCCUGCACUCGGCCAUCGACGCCUCCAAGAACCCAAACGUCGUCUUUGCCUCCAUCGUAGCUGCCUUCUCUGCUGCCACGGAAACCCCCGCCCGUGCCACCGCCUGUAAAGACCAAGUGUUCUUCGUUUAAAAACCUUUUUCAUCCUUCACAUAUCCCUUCCAGCGGGUUCUUUCUUCCCUCAAGGGUGGAGAUUAUACAAGAGUUGAUCAAGUGUCACAGUGGCAACAAAAUGUAACUUUGCGAGCUGUAGACUAUGGAGACCGAAUGUGGUUGUAGAAACAGAAAGGAUAUAAACGUAUUUUCCUUAUUCCUCGUCACAAAAUCAAGUCUGAAAGAGAACAAGCCAAUGUAGAACUGAUCAAUAACCAUAAAACAAACUGGUGAUUAGCACCAAACUGCAGCUUCUGCCUUUCACCCAUAUAGACAUGAGAUUUAAGGUUCUGACAUUUAGCGGAGCAAAAUGCCGUGUAUGUACCGAGAGAUGCUUUUCAUCGGGAGGUGUUUAAAAAUAUUGAUAUUUGUUGCAUAUUUUGCCCUUCGCUGGACUGGUUUGCUCUUGUUUAAUCGAUUACUUUGCCCUUUACUCUUCCUCACUCUCUGAUUCUCAUGCACAUACAGUAGAUCUCCUGUUUUUCUGCUAUCAGUUGUAUUUCCUAUUCCUUUGCAUCCUUUAAAAGUAGAAAUGCUUUAGAAGCAUCAUACAUGUGUUGUCCAACCUGCUGCAGUCAUUUUCAGUGGCCUUUAACAUUAUCAAAUGUUACAGUUCAAAAAAAAAAAAAUAACCUAAGACAGGGCUGCGGAAACGCCAUUUAAUGAAAUAGAAUGUGUAUUUUGCUUUGCAUUUAAUUAUGAAUUAUUAUUGAGAAAUAUGAAAUGUGUGAAGAUUUUAAUCAUAGUUUGUCAGAGGUUUUCGAGCUGUGAGGUAUGCCUCAGGCCUAUAUAAAGCAGAUUGUAGAAGAGA